AUGCGUCGACUUGCUAGAAGGGGAGGUGUCAAGAGGAUCUCUGGUCUCAUCUACGAAGAGACACGCGGUGUACUGAAGGUCUUCCUGGAGAAUGUCAUCCGUGAUGCAGUCACCUACUGCGAGCACGCCAAGCGAAAGACUGUCAUGAAUUCACAUCAGUUCCGUAUCCUUGUUGGUCAAAUAGCAAUUGCAUUUCUCUUUCUCUUCCUCUUUUUUUCUCUCCCUCACAGUUUCACAAGCACCGGCCUGAAUAUCUCGGUUGAAAUCAACGAUCUGAUUGACAUCCAGUGCCCACAAACAGAGAAUACGACCGAAGGCCGAUUAAAAGCGCAAUACCUCAAGUUUAUGCAAGUCUCGUAUCAGGGCUACGAACAGUGUUCGCUGUCAGCCAGAAACCGCCAUCUCUUGUCCUGUAACCGUCCCUACGUCCAAAAUAGGCUCACGUUACUGUUCCAAGAACACACGCCCUAUCCACGAGGUCCGACGUUUAGACACGGCGAAGAAUACUAUUUUAUCACAACUUCAAAUGGUUCAGCAAAUGGUAUUGAUAAUUCAAGAGGAGGUUUAUGUGAAUCGCAUUACAUGAAGUUAAGAGUUUACGUCAAACCUAAACCGACAGCUUCACCCACCACCGGCGGUCCACCGACCACGCCCUCAAACUCGUCAACUCCGCCCGACAUUUCACGAGCCGCCACGAGUAUGACGAGCAGAACAACGACGAGAGCGACAACAACUUUACGCACCACCUCCUUACCACCAACAACGACAAGAAGAACAACACGGUAUACGACUGGAGGAAAGAUCAAAUCGACCGAAGAAGGGAACAAUAUCCCAGAUAACAUGACGCGGGGAGCAGCGAACAGAAGACACGUUUCCACGACCCUUCUCCUAGCGUCGUUGCUCGUCGCGGUCGUCAGAUGGCUCCAUCCGUGACCUUUGACCUGCGACAUCUUGUACUUUUGAACUGUUUUUUUUUCUAAUUUAAGAAACUGUAGUGUGUACUUCGUGCCUGUAGAGAAGAGAAAAGAGGGAUUUGUCGAAGCCGAGCCGUCGACCUGACGGGAGAUGCAUUCUGGGGAGUCAGGAGUCUCCAAUCGCGAGAGAUCCAUGGUUUCUCGACAUAAAUCCACCCAUCCCCCUUCU